AUCGCACUUGCCAGUGACCACUGUGAUCCUAAUUCCUAUCCCCCCCAAAUGCACAUUGCCCAUCAUAAACCCUAAUCCGCAGUCUUUGAUUCUCCUCCAAUCGAAAGAACUCAACCGUGAAUCACCACUUCCUGCGCUGUUCUAUCGCUGGGGAAUUUAUUUUCCAUGGAGUUGAUUAUCAUAAUAUCAGUUAUACUUUUAUUAGUGGUAUCUCUUCUUCUCAUCCCAAGAUCAUCCAGUAAAGGUUUAGGAAAAGGCCCUCAACCGUAUAUUGUUCGGAAGACAUUAAAGAUCUUCACGAAGGAAGAGGUCUCAUUGCACAACACAAGGAAUGAUUGUUGGAUCAUUGUUAAAGACAAGGUGUAUGACGUUACUCCAUAUGUGGAAGAACAUCCUGGUGGUGAUGCUAUACUAAAGCACGCUGGUGGUGACUCCACAGAAGGCUUUUAUGGGCCUCAACAUGCUUCUAGGGUUUUUGACAUGGUCGAUGAGUUUUACAUUGGAGAUCUGAAGUCUUGAAAUUUUAGGUGAAUCUCCUCUCGGAAUUUUUAAGUUAAAUAGUGUGUAGUCAUGGGUCUGACUCAUUGAUCGUAAAACUGUAACCAAAAUAGUACUUACAUUGUGUUAUGACAUUAAACUUGAGACGAUCCAUUGGCAAUGCAAUUUACUGAUUCCGUGUUUCAA